AUGGGGCAUAAUAAGGCUAAUUGUCAAACUUUGGUUACUCAAAUGCGCAAAUUUGAUUUAAAACAAGUACCAUUUGAUUUACCUUAUGCUGAGAAUUAUGAUACUCCUUUAAUUUGGUGGAUGACAUGCAAAUCUUUUCCCAAUUUUCUUGAAAUAAUAGCUAUUCGUAUUUUCGGUAUGACACCACAUAGUGCUUCAUGUGAAAGACUUUUUUCCACUUUAGGCUGGUUUAUGGGUACUCAUCAUCUUGAAAAAGAUUUAGAAACAGUAAUAGAUGUUGUAAAUUUAGAAAGUGAAGAUUUAGUAGAUGAAAGUUUGAGAGAUUUUGAGUAA